GAGACUAAAUUGCCACUUCCGUUCUGUGGCAGCAGUUGCCUUUAAUCCCAGUUAUCAUCUGGCGUCUGUGUAAUUAUAUUUUUCCAAUACCGUUACAGAAGUGUCGGCAUCACCAUGGUCAAAUUGUUUUACAUAGCCGUUUUGUACAAACACCCUUGUAAAGGAGUGGUCCUCAAAUGCGCCAGCGAAGUGUCAUCGUUCAGCUUCUUCCAACGAGCAAGUGUCUUGGAAUUCCUCAAGUUCUCCAGUCAAAUACUCGUAGAAAGGAGCAUUGCACCAACUAGGUCCUCAGUUCGAGAGAAAGAGUACAUGUGUCACGUCUACGUCCGUAGCGACUCCUUGGCCGGCGUCGUGGUGUCCGAUCACGAGUAUCCGAGCAGAGUAGCCCACACGCUUCUCAACAAGGUGUUGGAGGAUUUCGCUUCGAAAGUGCCGUCUCAGAAUUGGGCCACGCUACUCGAGAGCACCUGUCAAUUCCAAGGCUUGGAUGUGUACCUUGCCAAAUAUCAGGUGCCAACUGAGGCUGAUGCAAUGACCAAGAUUCAAGCUGACCUAGACGAGACAAAAAUCAUUUUGCACAACACAAUCGAGGCCGUGUUGGAGCGGGGUGAGAAGCUCGACGACUUGGUAGCCAAAUCGGAGGACCUGAGCGCGCAGUCCAAGGCCUUCUAUAAAACUGCCCGCAAGACCAACCAGUGUUGCAGGAUCCUUUGAAGGGGCUUCUGCAGCACAGGCUGUCCUAACUGUAUAUAAAUGUUGUGUCUUCUUCGCACGAGACCUGCCUGCAGGCCAUGUGCCUCGUGAUGCAGUCGCGGCUUGGAAGUCUGUGGCGAUUCUCCCUGCCGUUGCUCUUGCUUAUGUGCCCCGUUUUCAAAACAGCCGUCGUUGUAAAGAAACAAAUAAAUCUCGUUGCAGCUUAGAA